AGACAAACGUCUGAGCGCGGGUAAGCUCACUCUAGCCAUCUCAUUCUGAGCUUCUCCUUCGUUUUCUUCUUUCUUCCAGCAAGAACGAUCACGGUUGACCUCCACCAAUCAUCAUCGGUAAGCCCUCCCCAAUGCCGUCCAUUGCACUCGAUUGUCGAAUGAAUGAUUGGUGGAGGAGCUCCCUUCUCAGUUUUUCUACCCCCAGAGGCCCAGACAUCUGCCGUGAAUAUAAGCACCUCGAUAACUCGAUUGCUCUAAUCUGCACCGAAUUUUCAGUGGCAAGAGCAUCUAAUAUAUGCUGUCUUCAUGUUAUCAGGUUUAAUUUGUUUUUGCGGAGCAUGGACGACGGGGACAUAGAUUUCACCAAUCCGGAGACGUAUUUUUGCCCGGCCAUGGGCACCGAUCCCCACGACAGCUGCUCCAUCUCCAUGGACAGCUACUUCGACGACAUUCUCAAAGACACGGAGACGGAGCAUCUCGCAUGUACUCACACCCACGCCAGCUGCAACCCGCAUGUAUGCCAUGACCUUGCCCACCACACCCAGACCUGCGUCCAUGUCCACACCAAGAUCCUCCGGGAGGAGUCGGACGAUGUCGCCCAGACCUCGGAGUCGCCGCAAGAGACCGACGGCCCAAAGAAGAAGCGCCCGCCGGGUAACCGGGCAGCUGUGAGGAAGUACCGUGAGAAGAAGAAGGCCCACACGACGCUGCUGGAGGAGGAGGUGGCUCGCCUCAAGGCUCUAAACAGGUAGCUUGUGAGGAGGCUUCAGAGUUACUCGGCGCUGGAGGCUGAGGCGUCCAGGCUCCGCUGCCUGCUUGUCGACAUUAGAGGGAGGUUCGAAGGAGAGCUCGGUGCUUUCCCUUAC